GAGAUACUAGAAAACAACUAAGGCAGAUAAAUAGAGACCUUAGUCGUUUUCUAAGACAGAUCUUUCUGCAUUUGAAGAAGAAAGCUUAUGUUUUACACUUGUUUUCAGAGGCAGAAUGCGACGGGUGUGGCAGCGAAAACGACGAGGGUCGGAAUGUAGGGGAACUGUUGCUGCCGCAGUACGCCCUCGCGACUGGUGGCCUCGCCAAGGACCACAGACCACUCAUCACCUUCCCCGACAACAACAACUUCCAUCUGCUCACUGCUUCGGAAUAUAGACGGCUGUUACUCUACCUCACGUCUGUACCAUCGAUAUUAGAAGCAGAUAUGGGCUUUCAUUUAAUAAUAGAUCGCAGAAAGGACAGAUGGAACUCAGUUAAGACAGUAUUAUUAAGGGUUUCGGAAUUCUUCCCCGGUAUUAUACACGCAGUGUACGUGUUAAGGCCGGCAAGUUUCCUCCAGAAAGCCUUAUCUGAAGUGAGCAGUAAACUGUUCAAGGAGGAAUUUAGAUUUCGGGUCCUCGUUUGUUCCUCUAUCGAUGAAUUGUACGAACAUUUCGACAAAUCACAACUAACGCCUGAUCUCGGGGGAGACUUACAGUAUUCACAUGCAGAAUGGAUACAACAGCGGAUAGCGCUGGAGAAGUUCUCUACUCUUAUGAAAGAAAUUUCAAGUAGAUUGGACCACUUCAUGCAUGAGAUAGUGGACUGCGAUAUGGGCAAUGACCCUACACAAACCAAAGAAUUAUUAGACUGUCAGGAAUCUAGAUAUAAAGCUUUAAAAACAGAACUAACGUCAGCGACAGCGCAAGGCGAAGAGUUGUUGACGCAAGUGCGAAAACCAAAUCUAACUUAUAAUAUUAUUAGUCACGUCGCUGCUGUAGAAAGACUAUUAGUACAACUAGAAGAGACUGAAAGACAAUUCGACAAUUUCUGGCAGAGACAUUCCAUGAAAUUAAACCACUGGUUAAAAUUUAGAACGUUUUUAUUAAAUUUUAAACAAAUGCAGGCUACUUUAGAUGGCCAUCUAAAAACCGCGUGCGAUAUGACCGAAGUGGGUGAAACGGCAAGCAGAGUUGAAAAUCUUAUACAGGAGGCUUGUGAUUUCGAAAAAUUGUGUAACUGUGAGCUUGAUACUGCCAAAGCAGUUAUAGAUGAUGGUGAGCAGUUGAUGCAGGACCCACUCAGCUCUGUCGACCACAUAGAGUCAAAAUGUGAGGAACUGAGACGAACAAGUGCUUUACUUAUCGAUAAAAUACAAAAACGAAACUUAUUACUAGCCAAAGCGAGAGAGCUGAUGGACAGGAUAGAUAAGGCGAACGAGUGGUGUGCAACUGGAGUUGAAUUACUGGCCAGCGAGAGGGGACUGGGGGCGGUGGAUAAGUUGCUAGAAGAGGCCAAGUGCUUCGGUUUGACUGCACCCGAACAGUUCCGGGAGAUGAUGAUGCAGUCAGCCACGCAGGAGACUAGGGCACUGGUUACGCAGGUGGCACAACGAGUGGAGGACGUGUGGGUGAUGGUGACUGUGAAACGCGCAACACUACAAAAGGCUGCCGUCAAGCCAGCACGGCCGGUGCAAACUGUGCCGCCGCAGAGCGCCGCACUAGCACAAAACAACCAUCAGAUGGAGACGUCUGGUGGUUCAGAAAGCUCAGGUGGUGAAGAUGCAGAAGCUCGGCGGUCGCGCCGCGGCCACGUCCUUGCCGAACUUGUGCAAACAGAGCGGGUUUACGUGCAAGAGCUCGGCUCGAUACUGACGGGGUAUAAGGAAGAAAUAGAAAAAUCAGAAAAUCAAAAUCUACUACCUUCAACAUUAGUCGGACAAGCAGAUGUCCUGUUCGGUAAUCUACACGAACUCUUCACAUUCCACCAGGAUGUGUUUCUAAAAGACUUGGAACGAUCGAUCUCAGCGACAGAACUUGUUGCAUUAUGUUUUGUGGAAAAAAGGGAGACAUUCUUCCGUCUGUAUAGUUAUUAUUGUCAGAAUAUUCCGCGCUCUGAACGACUACGCGAAACAUUAGUGGACACACACCUGUUCCUGCAGGCGUGUCAGUUGAGGCUCGGACACAAGCUACCCCUCGCCGCUUACUUACUCAAACCUGUACAAAGGAUCACUAAAUACCAGUUAUUAUUAAAGGACCUACUCCGGUACAGCGAGUGUGGCUCGAUGACAACUGGUAUCCAGCAGGCACUUGACUGUAUGCUCGUUGUACUCAAAUGCGUCAACGACUCCAUGCACCAAAUAGCGAUCACUGGCGUACCUGUGGAUCUCAGCCAACAAGGCGAGCUACUAAUGCAAGGCUCGUUCCUGGUAGUAUCAGAGAACAAACGAGACAUCCGGCUGAGAAUACGGCCGCGUCGGAGACACAUCUUCCUUUACGAAAAGGCGAUGCUCUUCUGCAAACCAGCAACUAAAAAUAGUCAUAAUAAAGCAACUUACCACUUCAAACACGAUCUACAAAUGUCACAAAUCGGCCUAACAGAAUCAGUAAAAGGAGAUCCACGCAAAUUCGAAGUAUGGCGACAAGGCAGACAAGAAGUCCACACUAUAACAGCACCCAAUAUUGAAGUAAAGAGGGCGUGGGUCGACCGCAUCAAGCGAGUAUUACUCGACCAGUUGAAAGAGCUGAAAGGCGAGAGAGUACGGCAGUAUGGUGCACAGCAUCAUAGGACGUUAAUCCAAGCGAACUCAUGGGACGUAACGCCGGGCAACCCCCCGAGGAGCGCGCCCCCCGCGGCCGCGAGCCCCGCGCCCCCCGCGGCCCCCGCGCACGCCCGCGCCGCCUCCUGCGACGCGCACGACGAGCCCUGCUGGUCCACCGACCCCUCCGACGACGACGACGACGAGCCCGACCACGCGCCGGCGGUGGGGUGCGCGUUAGUUGCACUGUCGGACUACACGGCGGUGGGCGCGAGCGAGGUGUCGCUACGGGAGGGCCAGCACGCUGAGCUGCUGAAGGUUGGCUGUGCUGGGUGGUGGUACGUGCGGCUUGCAGGUGGCAACGGCGAAGGAUGGGCGCCGGCAGCGUACCUCGACCAGCGCAAAACGUCACGAUCGUCGAGUCGCUCGCACGACCGACUGCACGACCACUGAGCGAGUCCAUAUAGUAGUGAGGACGCGCGACACCGCCCGCUCGGAGGCCGCUCAUCACUGUUUAUGCACAUACGCGGACCACAUCCCUGGAGAACUAGUACUCAGUCUUCAGAUGCAGUUCCCGUGUCUAAGUUUAAAGUAACGUCCCACGGCAAAUAACCUACUGCUUAUAGCCAUGUUGUGUAUAGUUUAGUAAAUAGGAUAUUGAUUGUCAAUAUCGAACGGUCGAUGGAUUAGAUGCGUGGCUAUUGUUAAAAGAGUUAGAGAACUGGUAAUUCAGUUUUAACCUUCAGACGCAGUUUUCGUAUGUAAAUUUAAAAUAAUAACUCACCGCUAAAACAUUUCAAUAUAUAUAUAUAUACAUAUAUCAAACCCUAUAAAUUUCAAAUAGAUGAAAAUUUUAAUUUUAAUGUAACUGCUGUACU